GCGUGUACUGGCACUAGCUGUGGACCGCAGGAGUCGUUUACCGAGCGGUGGACAAUGCCUCUCAUGAAGCUGGGGGACAAGCGGUAUUACCUCGGUAUAUUCUUCAAGGCCAACUGGUUCAAGGCAGCGCAGUAUUGUCGCUUCCACGGCAUGCAUCUGGCCUCCAUUGAGACCCUCAGGGAGAACACCAGACUGGAAAAUUACAUUAAGGAUGUCGGUCUUGGCCACGAGCAUUUCUGGACGUCUGGGACGGACCAGGGCGAGGAAGGCCGGUUCUUCUGGAUGUCGAACGGUCAGCCCAUCACCUACACCAACUGGAAUGCCGGAGAACCCAAUAACUUCCAAUAUGAGAAUGGUGAGAUGGAACACUGUCUAGAAUUGUGGAACAGAGACGGGAAGGGACUGAAGUGGAACGACAGCCCCUGUUCUUUCGAGACCUUUUUCAUCUGCGAGGUAGCAUAGUUAAUGCUUCCUAAUGAAGAACAACAACUCUACCUUAAACGUCAAAAUUAUCAUCUUUCUCUCUUUGUCUCUCUCUCUCUCUCUCUCUCUCUCUCUCUCUCUCUCUCUCUCUCUCUCUCUCUCUCUCUCUCUCUCUCUCUCUCUCUCUCUCUCUCUCUCUCUCUCUCUCUUUUUCCAUUCUAUAUUUUUACUUACCGUCUGUCGAUCGACUUAAAUGUUCAUCUAUCUAUUCGUCUAUCUACCGAUUAAUUUAAUAUUUCUGUGACUGGCUUCGUAUGUGCACUACGUCUCUCAGGUCCUGAGCAAGCACAACCCCACGCAGCUGGCAAGCAACUCUUCAGUGUUAUGAAGUCCACCAGGGUCUCACAGGGUCUCCCAAGAUCUCCUAGGGUCUCCCAGGGUCUCCCAGCACUCUCUGCUCACACUUAAGAUUGUCUCAAGAAUUCUGAAGAUAACCAAACAAGUUGAUGGAUCAAACAAGACGACCUGCUAAGGACGAGGAGCUCUGUGAACCACAAGAAACUCUGAGAAAAAAUACAUUUACAAUAGAACGUUUUGCAAAUGUCUUACUGUGCCAUUUGUAAAUGUAAUUGUAUUACAUUUACAUUUACAAUGGCACGGUUGAUUAAGGCGCGUCUGGGAUCCUCUCGGACGUAGGUUAGAACCCUCAUCACGGCCCUUGUGGAUUUGUUAACAUUUACAAUAGGAAUAUCGAAGAGCACUCUAUACUUCCUGUGAACUUUUGUGUAAUUCUCCUUGUACUGCCCUUGUUGUGCUUGCGGGGGUUGAGCUUUGGCUCUUUGGUCCCGCCUCUCAACUGUCAAUCAACUGGUUGUGCGGGUGUGUGUGUGUGUGUGUG